GAAUUUCGUAAACAUAAACAGACAGCAGGAAUCCGCUGUUCCGCUCUUGAUCGUCUGACCCGCCCAAAGUUUUCCGAGCAAUUUCUCAAAAACAAACUCCGGAAAGAGUGAAAAGACAUUCAUUUGUUUGCUUGGAUUCUUGGUUCAGUUCCUGUCUACAAGAAUGUCGAAUGACAAGUCUGUCAAAGUUAAGGUUGGAGAAGAAGAACGAGUAUCGCAAAGUUUAUGCGGUUGUUCGGUCGGAAAAUUUUGGAAAUGGAAGUACAGUGUCCAUAAACAAUGAGCAGAAAAAACAACUAGGUAUAGAAGGAGACUAUCAUGCCGGGCAUAUCAUUGCCAAAAUGCUUGGAGGAUCGGGAUCGGACGUAAAUAAUCUCGUCCCCAUGCACAAAAAUUUCAACAACAGUGCCUACAAAUCUUUCGAAUUUGAAGUCCGCAAGAUGAUUGAGGAUUCUGAAAAAUUUUACCCCGGAAAACAAGUAGAAGCUCGUAUCACUGUUUCCUUAUUUUACAAUCAAGGUUCCAAUAAACCAUAUCGAAUCAAGUAUGAUGUUGCCAUGUACGCUAACGGCGUAGAAAAGCCGAGUUACGUUGGAGAUUUCAAACUGAAUGAAAAUGGACGACACUAAUUUAAAUCGAGGAAAUUUUUGCUUUGACGCUUUUUGCAGAGCUAUAACUCUGGCUUUUUGUAACCAAUAAACAUUUUUCAAUGUUGAAUGCGUAAUCAGGCGCCGCGCAAUGUAUUUUUUUUACAAGAAAGCAGAUUUUAGUACGUACAAGAGUGCUUUUACAGCCAUCUGGCAACCGUUUUCGUUACUAACCUACCUAGUGUCUUCUGCAGUGGUUGAUUUGUUGACGUUUAUUGCUCGAAAAUUCUCCAACCCACUAACAUUUACUCGUUUAGUAAUCAAAUUUCAAAAUGUCUUCUCCCUCGGUGAAUACUUCAUUGACUUCGUCCCCACAGAAAGAAAGAGACAGCAAAGAAAGAGAAAAUCCAGAUGAAAACUAUGAUCAGUUUGAUGAUGAUGAACCUGAUUUGCAUUAUGGAUCCACUUCAUCAGGCAGAAAGCGCCUCUUCAGCAAGGAACUUCGUUGCAUGAUGUUUGGAUUUGGUGAUGAUCAAAAUCCCUAUACAGAAAGUGUUGAUCUGCUGGAAGACCUUGUUAUUGAAUACAUCACUGAAACGACGCACAAGGCCAUGGAAACUGGACGGACAGGCCGAGUUCAAGUUGAAGACAUGGUGUUUUUAGUUCGCAAGGACACGCGUAAAUUUGCCCGCGUCAAAGACCUUCUAACCAUGAACGAGGAGCUGAAGAAAGCUCGUAAAGCUUUCGAUGAAGUCAAAUAUGCAGGCGUUUCCUAAUUUUCUAUCCCGAAAACGCGUGAACGGCCUCAUUUAUGUAUCCUGCAGCAUCCAGCAACCUUUUUUAACAAUAAAUAAACUUUCGUCAUUUUUUUCAAUCCAAAA